AUGGGGUUACUGGACAUCAGUUGCAAUUACUUGGCGAAACGAUGUUGUGCGUUCAAUCUGAAUCCGGUGUGUCAAUCCCGAUCCGAUUCCUGGUAUCAGCCCACAGUCUAUGGGUCUAUUAUGGGCCUUCGUGCAAUGCGGCUACUACAAGGAUCCAUCACACUACAUACCAACAACGAUGUGCCAAUCACCUCACAUCUUCAAUAUUUGAUUGUGCAGUGUUCCGGUAACGUUAAUGGCAUGAAAGUACGGUCGGUAAAGUUGGAAGUGCGCGGUGAACCUAUUUUCCUCAAAGGACGCGUCCUCCCAUACGGUCAACGGGAAGGUGUCUUGAAAGCAUUACAGGAAAUGGAGCAGGAUGGUGUGAUAAGCAAAGUUGAAUCCAGUGCCUGGGCUACCCUGAUCGUCGUGGCGAUGAAAAGUAAUGAUUACGGAGAUGUGCAGCGAUCACCAUGGAUGCCAGUUUUUUUCGAAGAUCGAUUUGGCGGACGCAUACCUACAGAUUCCACUCAAUGUCGAAUCUCGCUACUUGAGAACAAUCAACAUGCCGUGGGGAAUGUAUAA